GGAGAUUUAGAAAAUUUAGAAAAUUGUAGUUUCAGAAUAAAUUAGUAUAUCUUCUAAAAGGUAUAUAAGUAUAUACUAUUAGUCAAAAUAAAUUACUGAGGUAGCACUGUAUAAUAUCUAGCGUAAUAUACGAAAUCGAUGACACCAAAAACACACCAACAUCUACGGCAGGAACAUGGAGUAUGAUCCCCCAUUGACACGUCGUCAUUUGGACCCUAAUCGAUUUGAUAAUAUAACACUAUCAUCAUCAUCAACGAUGUCUGAACAAAAUAUGCGGCCAUCAACAGGCAGGGAAAAUGGAUUUGGUGGUGAAAGACAAAAUAGUCAGUGCAAUGAUAGAACAACCUUCACAAAGCUACGUAGUAAAAAUAGUCAUGGAAUACAAUCUUUCAUCUACCUGGGUCUCAUCUUUAUAUGUGCUGUCCUUAUCCUCUAUGUUCUUUAUGUGCAGUUCCCUAAACUAGACAAAGAUGAAGUCCAGUAUGUCAAGUUGCCUAGAAAUAUAGAAGAUGCCAAGAACUUAGGACGUGUUCUCUCUAGGUACAAUGAUAAGCACUUCAAGAAGGUGAUCGGAGGCUACUUCAUCAUAUACAUAUUCUUGCAGACAUUUGCAAUUCCAGGGUCCAUUUUUCUCAGUAUAAUAGCAGGAUAUCUCUUCAGUUUUCCACUAGCCUUAUUUGCAGUAUGCCUGUGUUCUUCAUUGGGCGCAUCUUUCUGCUACUCAUUGUCUUAUCUAGUCGGCAACAUAGUUGUGAAGAAAUUUGUGCAAAGUCAAAAAGUUGAUGAAUGGAAAAAACAUGUUGAAAGGAACAGAGAGCACCUGCUGAAUUACAUCAUCUUCCUACGCAUAACACCAUUCCUUCCUAACUGGUUUAUCAACAUUACAUCGCCCGUCAUAGAUGUUCCCCUCUUUCCUUUUGCCCUCGGAACAUUUAUAGGAGUUGCCCCACCUUCAUUUGUUGCAAUCCAUGCUGGUACAAUGCUCCAGAAGUUAACGUCAUCUUCUGAUGCAUGGUCUUGGACUUCAAUGAUUGUUCUCGCUGUAUUAGCAAUAUCCUGUCUACUGAUAGAUACCAGUGGGAAACAUUUGACAGUGCAAAUGACAGGCAAAAGUACAUGUCAUAAGCAAAGCGAUUGA